UAUAGUGAUAAGCAAUCUCGGCAACCAUGUGGAUUAGGUUUUUUAAGUCUCUUACUUAAUUUUAAAAAUAUUGAAUUUACUGAUUUUAUAUAUUUUUAACUCAAUAUUUAAUAAUUAUGCCUUUGAAUAACAUGUCCUGAAUCGUCUUGUAGUUAUGGUUCUCGAUUUUAAAAUUAAUUUAAAAUCUAUUGUUAGUUUUUGUAUGGUUAUUAUUUUCGUAACAUUCCACACAGCUUUAACUGAAAAAAAUGAACCAAAAAGUGAUUCAAAAAGUGCUGAAGACUUAUUUCGAAGACUGUAUAAAUUAGAAAGAACUGAGCAAGCAGCAGCCAUCAAAGCUCUGUUGAAAUUAGGAACUGAAAUAAAACAGACCAAAAUGGUUGAAGCAAUUGCAGACAGAGUAUUUAGUGUGCUAAACAAAAGCCGACAUAUUCUUGAUAAGGCUAACUUUGUUCCUGGAGAAUCAAGCUUUCCAUCAGAGGAAAAUAUUAGGGAUGCCCUUUCCAAUAUUUUGGAAAACACUGCAUUUUUAGGAGAUAUAAUUUUGAGACUACCAGACUUUAGUCAACAAGUUAUCGUAAACAAUACUGAAUGGAAUGAGCUUUUCAAAUGGAGCUUGAUCUUUUCCAACAAAAGCCAACUUCUUGAUAGUAAAACUAUCACACUCUUAAAUUUAGUUAACCAAGAGAUGAAUUACACUGAUCGAAAACCAAACUAUGUGAAUCCUUACCGAAAAGUUAACAACCCUCCCCCUGAAGAAGUGAUUCCAGAAAAACCAAAAAAAGUUAAAAAGAAGAAGCUUAUUCCAAAAGGUCCUAGACUUUCUUCCAGGCAACAUGGAGAAUUAUAAAACAACUUGCUCAAAUUUGUAUGAUUACAAAUUAAUAAGACAGGAUUUGAAAUUUCAAAAUUAUUGGUAAACGUAGCGUUUAUUUAUUUAUUCUUAUUUCAUUUGAAAUAGUUGCAUUUAUUGUAAUAAAUGUUUACUUUGUAUAAUAUUUAUACUUAUAGGUAAAAAUCUAAUCUCUUAUAAAAUAAGAAUUUUUUUUUAUUCCUGAUUUUAUUUUUAAUUGUAUAUUUUGUUUAUAAUAAUAAAGACUUUUUUUUAUGA